ACUGCGCAUGUGCCAGGCUCUCUCACGCGCACACACUGGCCGUGUCACCCACACACACGGGGGAUCUGCUUCCAGGGGAAGGGCACGAUGAGUCCCGGGCUGCCGUGAUACUGAAUGGAUAGCGCCGUGCCCGGGCAGUGUGUGGCCCCCACCAGAGGCCGGGCCGCCCCUGCUUUCCGGGACAUGUGGCUCCUCUGUCUCAUGUUGGGCUCUGUAGAAGGACAACUGAUACCUGGAAGCAACAGUACAAGAUGUAACUCCCCCGGGAACUUCAUGUGCAGCAGCGGGGACUGUAUUCCUGGUAGCUGGCAGUGUGAUGGGUCACCCGACUGCUUUGACAAGAGCGAUGAAAAAGAGUGUCCUAAAGCCAAAUCCAAAUGUGGCCCAAAGUUCUUCCCCUGUGCCAGUGGGAUCCACUGCAUUAUCGGGCGCUUCCAGUGUAACGGGUUUGAGGAUUGUCCUGACGGGAGUGACGAGGAGAACUGCACCGCUCACCCCUUGCUCUGCUCCAGUUCUCGAUUCCACUGCAAUAACAAGAUGUGUAUAGACACAAGUUUUGUGUGUAACGGAAAGAACAACUGUCGUGACAACAGCGACGAGAAGCAUUGCCCGAACUCACAAGAGGGCGCCAGCGAGCAGGAGUACGUGUCGUCUGAGAUCCAGCUUCUCUACUACCCCAGUAUUACGUACACCAUCAUCGGGAGCUCGGUCAUCUUCGUGUUGGUGGUGGCUUUGUUGGCCCUCGUCCUGCACCAUCAGAGGAAACGUACCAACCUCAUGAGUCUCCCUGUGCAUCGGCUGCAGCACCCACUGCUCCUCUCCAGGCUGGUGGUCCUGGACCACCCGCACAACUGCCGAGUCACCUACAACGUCAACAGCGGUGUCCACUACGUGUCUAGUGAGGGCUAUCAGCCGCCGAUGAACAUUGAAUCUCCGCCGUCUUAUAACGAGGCAGUGCUGGACGACAACUCCUGCCCUCCCUGGUUCUCCCUGCCGCCACCACCGUAUUCGUCAGACCUGGAAACCUCCAGCCAGACAGAACUUCCUCCGUACCGCUCUCGAACAGGCAGCGCCACAAGCAUGGGCUCUACGACGGGCAACACCCUGGACACACCCAGCAGCUCGUGGGAUUCGGCUAGCCCCUCUGAAGCGCAGGAAACAGCGUCGUCUCCCAGCGAUUCUCAGCUAAAUACCGCGCUGGAGGUCUGAAGGCUGCGAAACCCACCUAGAGUGAAGACGGUUCUACAAGGCACUCUAGGGGGGGACAAAAAGACACUAAAAAAGUUUCAUAGGUUGGUCUAUGGCCUCUUGUUACCAGCAAAUGUCCCUUCUAUUUUUCUAGAGUUCAGAGGUAUAUUUUUUUAGAUGUUUUCUCUCCUUCCAUUUGUAUUGUUUUCAUGUUAUUAUUGUGCUGUUUUUUUUUGUAUGUUUUCCUCUAAAAGCAAUAAGGCACUUAGACCAGACCAGGGUGUAGAUUGUGUGGUUGGUACAGAAGAUUAAACGCGGGCUACAGAAUGGCUCAAAAUUGGACUUCUUCACAAUGCACUUCUCUCCUUCAAACCAUGGAGGAAGCCAUCUUCUGGAUGGAACCGAUCUUAAAACGACUGUCCACGAAUAGACACAAAUUGGCUGCUUUCUCCAAUAUACAGCCCCACACCUGGCCACAGGUUGUGUGUGGUACUGCAGCUCAGCUCCAUUCCCUUCAAUGGACCUGAGUGGCAAAUACCAGACACAACCAGUGAAAAGGUGUGGCGCUGUUGAUGAAAGAAGGCAGCCACUUUAAUGUAUUCAGUUGGUUGGAAAUUAGUUUUCUGCAGACAGACCCCAUUAACUUACACUGACAUCUAGUGUUAAAUGGUGAGGAGAAGGAAUAGAGAGGGGGGGGUAACAACUCUUCAGCCUUGCUUCUACUUCUGGGCACCUAAAGUUCACCUACCAUAUAGAUGGUGGCACACCAGGUGAACAAUUUUUAAGGGGUGAUUGCAUAGAUUGCCAUACAAGUUAGAUCAUGGAUGCUCAACCUGCUGGCCCUCCAGCUGUUGUAAAACGACAACUCCCACCAUGCCCUGCUGUAGGCUGUCUGGGAAUGAUGGGAGUUGUCGUUUUGCAACAGCUGGAGGGCCGCAGGUUGAGCAUGCAUGAGUUAGAUGAAUGUUGGACAGACCUGACCACCAUUGCAGGUAGGACUGGCCAACCAUUUAGAGUAUAGUUGGGUGUCGGAACUUUCCCUGACUAGAGAUGUUGGGGUGGAAAGCAGGGUCCAGCAUGUUGGAUUCCAGCAUGCCGAUCCUUUCGGGUUGCAGAU